ACGGUAAGCUCCACAUCAAUUUCGAAACCAAAUCAAGUUCCACUUCUCCAGGAUGGAGAGGGAUCUGUCCCGUCGUCGAUCCUCCUACUUCUCCGGCUGCAUGAUGUCCCCCUCCUGCUUCCCCGUACACGAUGAGAUGGAGUACUCGCACAUUAACGCGUACUGCUGUAGUAGUGCCGGCGACAACAAGCGAGGCAAGCGGUGGCGGAAUCUACUGAGGCGGUUGAUGAGAGACAGAAAGAGCCUGCAUGGAUCGAGACCCCUGUCUUUCAACUACGAUGCGGUUAGCUAUUCUCAGAAUUUUGACGACGGCUGCCAUCACGAAGAAUCUGCCCAUUGCUCGCAAGUAACGUCGACAUGUAAGAUGGAAGUUUAAAGAGUGACGUUAUUGUUAAUCUUGCGUUUAUUGAUAUGAAUAUGAUCUGUUUUUGCUGUAAGUUUGUUCAGAUCUGUUGGGGUUUUUUUUUUUUUUUUUGUAAAAUUAUAUGUUAAUGAUCUUCAGAUUCAAGUGAAGCAUUUCAGAUCAUUGGCCAAUUUAUUGCCUUCGGUACAUUAGAUAAGAAAUUAGUUUAUUUUUG